AUGUAUAUCUUUAGAAAUCAAGAAAAGUCAAAUAUUAAACCAAUAAUUUUGGAAUUGGACUCUAUUAAAACUUCCUAUCAACAAAAAAACAAUAUUAUUUUAUAUAAUCAGAGUCAGAAUAAAUUAAAAGAUAAAGUUAGAGAAAUUGUAAAAUUUUUUAAUUUCAAAGACUAUAACUCUUUAUCAAAUUUUAUUAAGUUUCAUAGAAAUAAAUUUCCACAUCUUAUAAAUAUUGAUAGCUAUAUUAAAUUUGCUGUGGAUAUUUUUUUUGACCCUUCCAAAGUUAUCUAUAACCAAAUUUCAAAAAUAAAUACAUUCAAUAGUAGAUCAUUGGUUUCGAAAUUACAAAACCAAAUAAUAAAUGAUCAAAGAUUUAAUAAAUGGUUUAGAGAUCUCAAUGAAAUUGAUAAUGAAUCACUUAGAUUUAGAAUUGGAAAAUUACAAAUAGAAAAUAAUCAUUUUGAAUAUGAUUCUUUGUAUAAUUUAGUAUAUCAUUCCAAUUCAGAUCUAAAUUCCGUUAGUCCAUCAAUAUCAAAUCGAUAUGAGAUUUCCGAAAUAAGUACAACUACUAAGCUUUCAGAUUUCAUUAUUAAUAAAAUCAUUGGAUAUUCUUUGGAGUAUAUAGAUGAUAUGGAUGAUUUAUAUACAAACUCACAUUCAAAGUUUAUUCAAUAUCAACAGACGUGCUGUCUUAAUAUUCCAAUCAAUACUCAAUUUCUUAGAUUUUCAAUGGUUUCGAAACAAUUCCAUAGAGUCAUAUCUAAACUUUUGUCAAACAUCUAUUUCGAAUGGGUGGAAAGUCCUAUCAGUCUAAAUAAUAACAAAUUCAACUUAAUUAAAGAUCCACCUUUAUAUUUCGAUUAUGAUUCAAUCAAAUUCAUCCCCUUCAAUCGUGGAACAGAUUAUGCAAAUCAUAUUCUUAGUAGAGUUGAAACAUUCACUUUGGAUACCGAUGAAUUUGACUACUCAACAAGUGGUGCUAUCCAUAGGGAUUUGGGAGAUGUAUUCAAUGGACUUGUUGUCAACAAAAUUCAAUAUAGGAAAUCAAUUUUAUCUGAAAACUACCUUUUGUAUCCACCUCCUAUGCCAAAUCUAAAGAAUAUAUUAGUUUAUGGUUAUCAUGGUUAUACAUCAAAUUACAGUAGACUUCUUGGUCAUAUUUUAAUGACAACACCAAACACUGGAGAUCAUGGAGUACACCUUUUUUCAGUUCGAAUCUCAAGAGAUUUCAAUCAUAAUCCAUCUUUUAAUCUUGAUCCAACAAGAAUGUUAGAUAUCUUUUCAGAGUUUAUAGAGGAGAUAAAGAUCUACAAUAUCAAUAUCGAUGUUUUUACAAAUGACAAAACACUCUUGGAAAUUUUGGAAGAAACCCUGGUAGUUCAAAAAGAAUAUAAUGAUAUUUAUAAAUAUUUAAAAAAUAAAUAA